AUGCGCAGACUCAGUUCCUGGAGGAAGAUGGCGGCAGCCGAGAAGCAGAAACACGACGGGCGGGUGAAGAUCGGCCACUACAUCCUGGGCGACACGCUGGGGGUCGGCACGUUCGGCAAAGUCAAGGUUGGCAAACAUGAAUUGACUGGGCAUAAAGUUGCUGUGAAGAUUCUUAAUCGACAGAAGAUUCGUAGCCUUGAUGUGGUAGGAAAGAUCCGCAGAGAAAUUCAGAAUCUCAAGCUUUUCAGACAUCCUCAUAUAAUUAAACUGUACCAGGUCAUCAGUACACCAUCUGAUAUUUUCAUGGUGAUGGAAUAUGUCUCAGGAGGAGAGCUAUUUGAUUAUAUCUGUAAAAAUGGAAGGUUGGAUGAAAAAGAAAGUCGGCGUCUGUUCCAGCAGAUCCUUUCUGGUGUGGAUUAUUGUCACCGGCACAUGGUGGUUCACAGAGAUCUCAAACCUGAAAAUGUCCUGCUUGAUGCACACAUGAAUGCAAAGAUAGCUGAUUUUGGUCUUUCAAACAUGAUGUCAGAUGGUGAAUUUUUAAGAACCAGUUGUGGCUCACCCAACUAUGCUGCACCAGAAGUAAUUUCAGGAAGAUUGUAUGCAGGUCCAGAGGUAGAUAUAUGGAGCAGUGGUGUUAUUCUUUAUGCUUUAUUAUGUGGAACCCUUCCAUUUGAUGACGAUCAUGUGCCAACUCUUUUUAAGAAGAUCUGUGAUGGGAUCUUUUACACCCCUCAGUAUUUAAAUCCUUCUGUAAUUAGCCUUCUGAAACAUAUGCUGCAGGUGGACCCCAUGAAGAGGGCCACAAUCAGAGAUAUCAGGGAACAUGAAUGGUUUAAACAGGACCUUCCAAAAUACCUCUUCCCUGAGGAUCCAUCAUACAGUUCAACCAUGAUUGAUGAUGAAGCCUUAAAAGAAGUAUGUGAAAAAUUUGAAUGCUCAGAAGAGGAGGUUCUUAGCUGCCUUUACAACAGAAAUCACCAGGACCCUUUGGCCGUUGCCUACCACCUCAUCAUAGAUAACAGGAGAAUAAUGAAUGAAGCCAAAGAUUUUUAUUUGGCAACAAGCCCACCGGAUUCUUUUCUUGAUGAUCACCAUUUGACUCGGCCCCAUCCUGAGAGAGUCCCAUUCUUGGUUGCUGAAACACCAAGGGCUCGUCACACCCUGGAUGAAUUAAAUCCACAGAAGUCCAAACACCAAGGAGUCAGGAAAGCAAAAUGGCAUUUGGGAAUUAGAAGUCAAAGUCGACCAAAUGAUAUCAUGGCAGAAGUUUGUAGAGCAAUCAAACAACUGGAUUAUGAAUGGAAGGUUGUAAAUCCAUACUAUUUGCGGGUCCGAAGGAAGAAUCCUGUGACAAGUACAUACUCCAAAAUGAGUCUACAGUUAUACCAGGUGGAUAGCAGAACAUACUUACUGGAUUUUCGUAGUAUUGAUGAUGAAAUUACUGAAGCCAAAUCAGGGACUGCUACUCCACAGAGAUCGGGAUCAGUUAGCAACUAUCGAUCUUGCCAAAGGAAUGAUUCAGAUGCUGAGACUCAAGGAAAAUGCUCAGAAGUUUCUCUUACCUCAUCUGUGACAUCACUUGACUCUUCUCCUGUUGACUUAACUCCAAGACCUGGAAGCCACACAAUAGAGUUUUUUGAGAUGUGUGCGAAUUUAAUUAAAAUUCUUGCACAGUAAACCUAAAACUUUGCUUAUUUCUUUGAUAGCAAUAAGCAUGCUUAAUAAUUAUAGCCAAAUGCUUCAUUUGUAAUCAAGUUAUACACAAUUAUAACUGAGGAUUGGCCUUUUGGAAUGCAAUUUGCACAGGAAUUAGAACAUGAUUAAUAGCUAAAAUCCUAAUGUGCAAAAAUGAAUUUAAAUAAUUUUGUUUGUUGUUUAGUAGGUAUAUAGCAUAAUAUACACAAUGAACUAUAGGUCUCUCAGGCUCACUUGAUUUUUGGCUAUUUUAUAUUUAGUGUACACAGGGCUUUGUAGAAUAUUAAUUUACCAUAAGGGCCUUCAUAUAUUACAUAUUGAUGUAUUAUAUAUUUGCUUCAUAAAAUUAUUCAAUAAAUAUUUGCCUAGAAUCCCCAGAGACCUUCAUAGGUAGUUUUGUUUUCUAGGCUCCUUCUUAAGUAGCAAGUAUUUUCCAACAAUGGUAACAGCUGAGUGGGUGACUUGUAUUCCCCCUUUCAUACUCUAUAGUAUGACAUAAAUCACACUGCAGAUACUAGACACAAGUAUUUUCUUCUAGCUUGGUAAGUUCAGAGACAUACUCAAAUAAUUUAGGCACUAAGUUUAAUCUUACAAUUUGUCCCAUGAUAUUCUGUACAUAAAUUGCUCUUUUUGUCACAAGAGCUGAGUUGCAUAUACUGUAAAUAAAUCAUGUUGUGUUUGCCAGUCUCACAAACUCCCUUGUUUAUCAUGUCCGUCAGUAUUGAAUGUAUACAAAAUAUUCUGGUCACUAGAUUAUGUAUCUUUAAAAUUGAUUCAGUGCACAGGGGAAAACAUGUCUUAUAAAGUGUAUAAAUGCUCUGAUAGGGCUAUUUUCUCCAAAAUACUAUGAACAUUUUUUUAAAACAAAAAUUAAAAGGCUGAGGGGUGAUAACAUGUGUAUCUAUCACUUACAUUUUGCCCUAUUUGCUUUAUAUCUAAACAUAAGGAUAUAUUUAUACAUGUGUAUAUGAGUGUACAUGUGCUUUUCCCCCAUGAGCCAUUUGGAUGUUGCAGAUUGUUCAUCAACCCUCAACACUUCAAGCACCUCCUAAAACUUGUGGUUAAAAGAUAGUUCAUUCCCUAAUGUAAUCUAAUUAUAAUUGAAAUCAUGAUUUCUCCAGUUGCCCUUCAGAUUUCUUUUUUAGCUGGUAACUCUACUACAACUGAAUUGAAGUUUACAUUAGGUAUGACAAGAAUAUCAUUUUGAUAUUGUAUGGCACCAAAUUAGCUAAUUCUUCUAAACUGCCACAUUUAUUUUGGGUUUUAAUUACUUUAAUUGCUUUAAAAAUUGAAUUAUGGAAACUACCUGAAGAUGCUUGAUUUUUAAGAUCUCUGAUUCACAUCAGUAUUUCUUUUUUCUUGCUCUUAGUAAUAACUUAAGUAUAAAUGAAACAAAAUCAUCUUAGAAAAAAACGUGUUUGUAUGCAUACCAAAAAAUUACAGUUAUCACCCAUAACUACAUAAUAACUUCUGACUUCAGAAAUUUCUUUUGCAUUAAUUAUCCUUUCAUUGCAAGGGAUCUUUUUUCCCCCUUUAAUAAUGUGUAGGAUUGUUUCUGGGAGGUAACAGUGAACACCUACUGCAGCCAGAUGUACUAUAUGCCAUGGCAGCUUUCAGAAACAGUUCUGUGUAACUGUAGAUUUGGCUCCAGUGCACUGAAUUUGGAAACAAACAAGACAACUGUUUCUUUUUGUCCAGGGCCUCUUCUAUUCAGCAUAUAAUUUGAAAGCUGUAUGCAGUUCCACUUAAGUAUAGGUUCAAAAUUGUUAUUUAUAACUAGUACAUCGCCCUCUGUUUUGGCAAUAUUGAUUUCUUUUAAGCCUUUCUAAAUGCAGAAUUGUGUUCCUGAUGUUAAGAACAGAGUCUGUAGUUAAAGUUACAGAUAUGUAUAUAGAAUUAAGACAUCUUUGUCUCUAUAAGCUGUUGUGGGGAGAGGAACGCAAAAGGAGGAACCAAUUGAAAUAGGAUCUUCUAAAAUUGUCGAUUUUGUAAACUUUGCUUCUUUUUAAGUUAUUGUGAUCCCUUUUAGUUACUGAGUUUUAUUUUGGAGAUAUUUAAAUAUUGCACUUGUACAAAUAGUAUGAUAAAUGCACAGAUUUAUUGCAGUAAAUUCUUUUUUUAAAGCUAGGAUAUUUGAAAUGACAAUUUUGGUUAAGUAUGUCAAGGUUGUAUCAGAAUUUUCUCGAAUUGUAGUUAUCAAAUUCUUACUAAUCAAAGAUAUAAGGGAGUCAAUGCAAAUGAUUUUUAAUCUUUUUUUAUUAUCUUUUCAGCAAUUUAUAUUUUUUGGAUUUUAUGCAACCAUAUUUUUACUUUGUCUUGACAACUGAAAGAUGUAUAAGGGUUUUUGCCAGAAAUGUACUGUAUAAAUAGUUUUAAAUAUAACAGAUUUUACUGAUAUGUAAAAAAUUUUGCCAUUCAAAUAAAUGAUUUCUCAUUGGGAAGAACUUUUUUACCAGGUUGGGGAAUAUGGGAGCUUAAUAUAUCAUAUCUAAUUUAAAAUAAUUUCACUGAAAUAAACUCCAUUGCUUUUAUUUUUAUUAUAUUUUCUCUUGAGAUGCUUUUGUAGUUUUUCAGAGUUUUAAAUGAUUUUAUACACUAUGCCCUGCCCUCUCAUUCCUCUCCCCUUCCCUUUCUGACCUUGUGAUAAGAUUCACAGCCAGUUAAUGUAUGGUAGACUGUGGAUAGAUGUAGAACACCUAUGCUGUCUCCUUUGAAGUGAAAGGGAAAAAAAUGUGUCUUUUGGUUUUUUUUCUGCUUAACUCUUUCCAUUUUCCGAUCCACAAUAGAAGUCUCAUUUUCAUUGUGAGUUCUGCUAAGAUGAAUGAAUUCAACAUACAGCCUAACUGUAAAUUGGUAAUAGGGUAAGAGAUCUGUUUGUGUGGUACGUUAUUUCUGAGAUGCAUACAUGUAUGUUUUGACUGGAGUAUAUUUAAGCAUACAAUUACAAGUACCUUGAUUUAGAAAAUGGAUAAUAAAGAAAAAUACCAUUUUUUAUCUGUUA